GCACACAUCAAUACCACAAAUUCAGGUACAAAAUUUCCCUAUAUAAAACCAACCCUAUGCCUAAUUUUAAUGCUAUUUACACCCUUUUGCCUUAGAAUUUAGUGGAUUCAAACCAAACCCACAAAGGAAAAGGAAAGGAAAAAAAAAGAAAAUCAAGAAAAUCAAGAAAGAAUCAAGAGAAAUUGUUUUUUUAAAAAAAAUGAGCCCUACACCAUUCCAUGAUCACCACGCAAAACCUAACCACAUUAACAAUAAUGGGUUAUGUCCUCCUCCUUUGAAAAUCAACAAGGUCUCUCACAUGAUCAAGAAAUCCUCCUCCUCUUCCUUGUCGUCACCGCCUUCCUCUUCCUCUUCUUCCUCCACUUCUUCACUGGGCGUUGUCGGACCCGCCAAGCCGCCCCAUCAACGCCAUCCCGUCAUCAUAUAUACUCAUUCUCCUAAAAUCAUUCACACACAUCCUAAAGAUUUUAUGGCAUUAGUGCAAAAACUUACUGGAUUAUCACGCUCCGAUGAGGAUCAGAGUGCUCAUGUAAAACAAAAGAAGGGUAAUUCUUCGCCGGAGGAAGAGAAUAAUAGCAAUGGGAAGAGGGCUGGAAAUGGAAACGAUGAUAAUGAAUCUUCGUCAGUGAUUACAGAAGAAAAUUGUGGAAGCAUAGGUGAUGGACAAGUUAAUUCUUGUUUUGUUCCUCCGAUUUUUGAGCCUUCAAAUCCUUAUAUGACUAAUAUUCCGAUUUUUACACCAAAUUCAGCUGAUUUUUUAUGUGCAAAUCAGCCAUUUUAUAAUUAUACAGAUUCUUUGUUCUUCACCACUCCUAAUAUGAGGACGUCCAUUUCAUCUUCUUCUUCUACAAUGGAGGGGAUAAAUGAAUUUCACGAAUAUUAGAUAAUUUACUCUUUUUUUUUUUAAUUAAAUUUUCAUUUUGCAGAAGAGUUUCUUUCUGGUAGAAAUUUAUUUAUUUAUUUGAAUCUGAUU